CUCUCAACUGUUAUCCAAAUCUCACUAAUAAGAACGAAGGCUAAGGAGGACAUUAAAGCUCUUUGAUCGGAAGAAGAAAUCUAUACAUUCAGUUGAAAGAUUUGAGAACUGCAUGAGGAGAAGGAAAAUUAGGAAGAGAAGUAAGAAGAAAGAAAGGAAAAAUAUGUUGCUUUGGAAUUUACCUUUCAGUGUUUGGAUGGUCUAUGCUAGUAUAGUGAGCAUUUACAUCAUCACAGGACAGACCAAGGAGUACAAUCAGACUGACGGUCAUGCGAAUGAAUACUUGAGUGAAUUGCUGCAUCAUUUGUCUCCAAAUGAUCAAGUUACAUUUUCCAAUAAUCAGACAAGCUUUCUGAUUCAAACCGUAUGGGAUCGAGUCCAGUGCUCAGAAAGAAUAGCGAGCACAAAAGAGCAAUGUGAUAAGUGCCUUUUGUCAAAUGAAACCUUCUCAAUUGUAGAGGAGGAUAAUGAGGAACACUAUCUACAUGAGAAUGCCUUUCACAGACUUUCGAUUCUUCUUCUGUAUUAUAUCAUUAAUAUGAAAGAUAUCUGCACUUCAAAUAUUCAUCCAAAAGUUGAGGACUACAGAUUCUAUCUCACUAAGAUAUUAAGUUUAAAACCACAUCAAGAUUUAAAUCAUCUUUCCCAUGAUGAAAUUGAAAAACUUUUGGAAAUCAUUCAAGAGCAUUACACAGUUUCCUCCUGGAGUCAGUGUAUUGAUGCCAACUGGCUGAAGGAAAAAGCUGGCAUAGUGGGCCCCCAGGGUGCUGAUGAAAAUACUGUCCCCCGAUUGGCUAGUGCAAUCAUUACCUCCAUUCUUCAAGGACUUUGUAUUAGAAGCUUAAGUUUACCCAACCCAGACUUUUUCACUGAAUUUAUUUUCAGAUCACUGAACAGUACAAGUACCAUAAGUAUUUCAGACCUGAACCGCCUACUUAAUCAUCUGGGGUUGGGGAAAUACUUUGAACCGCAGUCACAUGGACACGUAAAUGAUAGAAGUACUGUGAAGCCAGUCAAAGGCUCUGGCCUUUUACUGUUUGAAGUAGAGCAUAGCCAAGAUCAUCAUGAGUGCAAUCAUAUACGUGAGGAUGAUAGAUUCACAUGGACAAAGGUUUGCUUUUCCGCUGAACAACUAAUGGGAAUCUUUGUAAAUGGCAGUGAUUUUGCAAUUUCAAAAGAACACUUCAACCAGAUCAGCCCAGCAAUUAUUCAACAGCUGCUUAGUGGAGCUUGUCAACACAGUGGACAGGAAUAUGCACAGUCUGUUGUCCUGCCAACUAACACAGAGACUUGUGCUAAGGUUCUUGGUCUACAUACGCAUGAUCAAAAAUAUACUGAGCAUUCUUCUCACGACAAAGAGUACAUUUGGAAAAUGCUUACUGUACUUGGUGGAAUAUAUGCAUUUUUCCUAAUUGAAAAGCUGUUCACAGUCAUAUUGUCAUUAAGAGGUCAGCGACUUGCAGCUGGGCACUUGGCACAUUCACAUGAUCUUCCAAUGGACUCUAACUUGAAUAUCCAUUCAGAAGGAGGCAAGUCUAUUUCCACAAUGCAACUGGGAAAUCCAGAAGAUUCAGAAAAUGUUGAAAUUCCGACAAACAAUGCAAUAAACUCUCCUGACGAAAAUGCCAAGAAGGAACCAUUUAACCUACUUGCUGUCAUGAUUGUGGUGGGUGACAGCAUGCACAACUUUGCUGAUGGUCUCGCCAUUGGUGCAGCUUUCUCAUCUUCAAUUGAAAGUGGUAUUACCACCACCAUUGCUAUUUUGUUUCAUGAAAUUCCCCAUGAAAUGGGGGACUUUGCUGUACUUCUGAAUUCUGGAUUAUCCAUUAAGCUAGCCAUGCUGAUGAAUUUAUUAAGUGCACUAACUGCUUUUGUUGGACUCUACAUUGGUCUGUCUCUGUCAGCUGAUCUCAAUAUUCAACAGUGGAUUUUUACCGUGACAGCAGGCAUGUUCUUUUACCUUUCGCUGGUGGAAAUGCUUCCUGAAAUGGCACAUGUGAAAACAACAAAGCCCUGGUUAAUGUUCACCUUUCAGAACAUUGGACUGCUUCUGGGUUGGUCUUUCCUACUGCUUCUUGCCCUGUUUGAACACAAGCUUACCAUAUAAAAUGUAUUCCAGUCCUAUCCCCAGCAAGACGCGAAAGCUGCCUGCACAGAAAAUUGACUACAAUUUCACGUAUUGCACUGAACAUUUGAAAAUAAAAAUUGCUCUUAGAGGCACUGGGGAGCUCAGAUCAAGAAAGACCGUACAAAUCAUUACUAAUAUUUAAUAUUACUUUGCAGUGUUUAUUCAUGUUUUUAACCACACAAAUCUGAAGCAUUUUUACUGGAAAAUAUCUUUUGGUCGAUGUGAUUAUCAAAAUUCAUUGUAAGAACAAGAGAAAAAUCAUAAUUGAACAAAAUAAUUUACUUCAUGUUUUUAAGAAUUAAUUUGCUUCCAAAAAUAACAGAGUAGCAUUUUAACAUCUGUCAGUAAUAUAUUUUUAAAUUCAAGUUCACAUCAACUUCUAUUCCAUUAGUUACCAAAUGGAUUUGGACUAAUCAUGUAAUGUUAAGAAAUGUUAU